AUGUUUUGUCAAGCGAAUAAUGGACGAUUCUUCGCAUCUCCUUUCAAAUGGGUAAUCUAUAUAAAAAACGAAAACUUUGAAUACAAUCUGAAUGCUACAUUUGCAAAAGUGGAUAUACUUGUUGAUAGUGAUGUGACCUUAGCAAUGUUUUCUGAUAACAAUACAGCAACAUUGCAGAAAAUUUACAAGAGGCGAAGGGCAUUACCAAUAAUAUUCGAAAACUUUGCUAAUUGGACGCAGGAAGAAGGAAUCGAAGAAGUCGAAAAUUUUGAAAGAGUAACAGCAAGAAGACGUAGAAACUUAGGCGGUUUAAUCCUGAACACUUGCAUUGUAAUCACCAAUAAAGAUACUCUAAACCACCUAACCGACAAACGGGAUAAACACAUCGACAGCAUAGAAAAAGUAAACUACGUCCUGGUGGAGCACCUGGCGAAAAUGAUAAACGCAAAACUCAACUACACGAUCCGCGACACGUGGGGUUACAAAAACAACGAAUCCAAGUGGAGCGGCAUGAUCGGAGAGUUGACGGAAAACAGGGCGGACAUAGGAGGCACACCCCUGUUCUUCACCUCCGACCGGAUCGACAUUAUCGAAUAUAUAGCCAUGACUACGCCCACCAGAUCCAAAUUCGUGUUCAGAGAACCAAAAUUGAGUUACGUCACCAACGUGUACACCCUCCCGUUUGACAACUACGUCUGGUACUCCACCAUGGGUCUGGUGGUGAUUGCGGCUUGCGUUUUGUUCGUUGCCGUGAAGUGGGAGUGGAUACUGAGAAGCAAGGAGCACGUGUACGAAGAGCAGGUGAACGACGAGUUGAGGGCGUCCGUUUUGGACGUGGCGUUCCUGUCGUUCGGGGCUGUUUGUCAACAGGGGGCGGCGACGCUUCCCUACAGCUCGCCAGGACGGAUUACCACCAUCCUUCUGUUCGUCGCCUUGUUUUUUCUCUACACAUCUUACUCCGCCAACAUUGUGGCACUUUUACAAUCUUCCUCAAACAGUAUACAAAACUUGGAGGACCUGCUCAAGUCCAGGCUGGAGGUCGGAGUGCACGACACCGUUUUCAACCGGUUUUACUUUCCGAACGCAACUGAACCGAUAAGAAGGCAAAUUUACCUACAAAAAGUGGCUCCGCCUGGUAAACCAAACAAAUUCAUGACCAUAGAAGAAGGUAUAGCAAAAAUGAGGGCGGGACUGUUUGCUUUUCAUGUUGAAACUGGUGCUGGUUACAAACUUGUUGGUGAGACAUUUCAGGAGGAUGAAAAGUGUGGACUACAAGAGAUACAAUUCCUGCAAGUUCCUGAUCCAUUUUUGGCCAUCCAAAAGAACUCUUCGUUUACUGAAUUAUUAAAAAUUGGGCUGAAGACGAUAUACGAGACAGGAUUGCAGUAUAGAGAAGUGGCGUUGAUUUAUUCCAAGAAACCACUCUGUCAGAGCAGGGGAUCGAGUUUCAUAAGUGUGGGGAUAGUUGACUGUUAUCCUCCUGCCGUUGUCUUAGCAGCUGGAAUGAUCAUUUCAUUUUUGUUAUUUCUCAUAGAAAUUAUUUAUGGAUACAGGCACAUAAUUUGUAAGAGAAUUAAAAGGGUACAAAUCAAACAAGAACGAAGUAGGUAUUAACUAAUUUAUUUUACGUGGCGUAUUUAUAUACUCAAUAAUAUAAAAAAUAGUACAUAUAGAUCUACAGAGCUCUAAAUCAUUUGUUGAAGUGACACAUAUCCUUUCACUUUUAUUGUGUGAAGGCGUCCUAAUUUUAGACCCUCAGAGAGCUGGAGUCAAAACAAUGUUUGGAAUUGUUGAAUAGGGUGCUCUGAAGAUUUUGAAUGGCAGUUCUCCCUUCAGACCCUCAGCGUCAUCUAGACGUGGCACGGAAUGAGGUCGAAAUGAAACACCUCAUUAAAUCAAUGCCAAGAGCGAGUCAUUGAGUGGAUCAUUGUAAAGGUCCAACACAUUAUUAAUUAUAAAAAUAUAUUGAUCAAAACUAAUGUUUAAAUAUUUAAACAUGUACUAUUCCCCAUUACUAUUAUACAAACUAUACACUAAAAAUCAAUAAAAUGUGAACACUGGA